AUGAAGUCUUUGUUAAAUGCCUUCACAAAGAAAGAAGUGCCCUUUAGAGAGGCUCCCACCUAUUCAAACAGAAGGCGGAGACCCCCAAGCACCUUAGCAGCACCUCGGAUCUUGCUUCGUUCCAACAGCGACAACAAUCUGAACAUCAACAACCUCCCUGAGUGGUCAGCCUCUUCCUCUGCUUCUUCACACCGGAGCCUUUCACCUCAUCUACUUCAACAGAUGCAGAAUAAUCCUAAUGGAACUGUAAAAACUGUGGGGAGUUACACUCCGUCUUCCCGGAGCCGGUCACCAUCCCUAAACAGGCUGGGAGAGGAUGCCAAACGGCAGCAGCACAGGCACAUCAGUGCCAUUUACAAUCCUAGUGCCAACAAGGAUACUCUGUCCGCCUUGGAUUAUCAGGGUCCAAAACGCAAGCUUUACAGUGCUGUACCUGGAAGACUUUUUAUUGUCGUAAAGCCAUAUCAACCUCAAGGAGAAGGGGAAAUUCAUCUGCACAAAGGAGAUAGAGUCAAAGUUUUAAGCAUUGGUGAAGGUGGAUUCUGGGAAGGCAGCACCCGGGGACAUAUUGGAUGGUUUCCUGCAGAAUGUGUUGAAGAAGUUCAGUGUAAACCAAAUGAAAGCAAACCAGAAACGCGAACAGAUAGAACAAAGAAACUGUUUAGACACUACACAGUUGGAUCCUAUGACAGCUUUGAUGCUUCAAGUGACUGCAUAAUAGAAGAAAAGGCAGUGGUCCUGCAGAAAAAAGACAAUGAAGGAUUUGGAUUUGUGCUCAGAGGGGCAAAAGCUGACACACCAAUUGAAGAAUUCACCCCAACUCCAGCCUUUCCUGCUUUGCAGUACUUGGAAUCUGUGGACGAAGGGGGAGUAGCAUGGCAAGCUGGCCUGAGAACUGGAGACUUUUUGAUCGAGGUUAAUAAUGAGAAUGUCGUGAAAGUUGGCCACAGGCAGGUGGUGAACAUGAUUCGACAAGGGGGCAAUCACCUAGUUCUUAAGGUUGUCACAGUAACCAGGAAUCUUGAUCCAGAUGACACAGCUAGAAAGAAAGCCCCACCACCUCCUAAGCGAGCUCCAACCACUGCACUGACCUUGCGGUCUAAGUCAAUGACCUCAGAGCUUGAAGAACUCGUGGAUAAAGCUUCAGUACGGAAGAAGAAGGAUAAAGUGGAUGAAAUAGUACCAGUUUCCAAGCCAUCAAGAAUCGCAGACAAUGCAACUGUGGACUCAAGAGUGGCAACUAUUAAACAGCGGCCUUCUAGUAGAUGUUUUCCCUCAGCUACAGAUAUGAGUUCCAUGUAUGAGAGACAGAGUAUUGCUGUGAUGACGCCCACUGUACCAGGGAGUCCUCAAGGUCCUUUUCUGGGUAUACCUCGGGGUACAAUGAGAAGACAAAAAUCUAUAGGUAAAAUGCUUCUCAUGUAUCGAAUAACAGAGGAAGAACGGCAGUUUUUGGCUCCUCCUAUGCUGAAGUUUACCAGAAGUCUUUCAAUGCCUGACACCUCUGAAGAUAUCCCACCACCACCACAGUCCUUACCUCCUUCACCACCACCACCUUCUCCCUCUCUGUACAACUCUCCCAAAUCCCCAACAUCAAGGAGCUAUGGAACUAUUAAACCUCCAUUUAAUCAGAAUUCAGGUUCAAAAAUUUCUUUGGUUAGGCCUGAGAACGUGGGAACAAUGAUAAGGGACAAAGGGAUCUAUUACAGACGAGAACUGGACCGAUACUCUCUGGACUCUGAAGACCUGUACAGUCGGAGUGCUGCAUCUCAGGCAAAUUUCAGGAACAAGAGAGGUCAGAUGCCAGAAAACCCAUAUUCUGAGGUUGGGAAGAUUGCAAGCAAAGCAGUUUAUGUGCCAGCCAAGCCGGCGAGGCGGAAGGGGAUGCUGGUAAAACAAUCCAAUGUUGAAGAUAGUCCAGAAAAGACCUGCUCUAUUCCAAUCCCAACAAUCAUUGUGAAAGAGCCGUCCACCAGCAGCAGUGGGAAAAGCAGCCAAGGGAGCAGCAUGGAAAUCGAUCCUCAGUCUUCAGAGCAACCUGGGCAGCUCCGACCUGAUGAUAGCUUGGGUGUCAGCAGUCCGUUUGCAGCAGCCAUCGCUGGAGCAGUGAGGGACAGGGAAAAGAGGCUGGAAGCAAGACGGAAUUCUCCAGCCUUCCUUUCCACAGACCUAGGAGAUGAGGAUGUUGGACUAACACCACCAACACCACGUAUGAGGCAAUCUAAAUUCACUGAUGAAGCAAUGUUUAGUAGUGAAGAUGGUUUUAGACAGCUUAUGUCACCAUCUCCGAUUCCCGCACCUAGAGAUCCUGAAAAUCUUUUUAAUAGCAGUGAACCCAGCAAUCAAAGUGAUUCAAGGACAUUAAAUGCUUCGUCCAAAACGAAAGGUACUGAAAACAGCACAGUGGCAGCUAAGUCCACGAAUGCAUCCAGCUCAGAUAAUUACGUUCACCCGGUCACAGGAAAGCUAUUAGACCCAAACUCACCGCUAGCCCUCGCUCUCUCUGCCAGGGACAGAGCCAUGAAAGAGCAAACACAGCAGAUUCCAGGCAAAGGAGACGCUGUUAAAGCUGACCUUAAUAAACCGCUUUACAUCGAUACAAAGCUGAGACCCAAUAUUGAAAUGACUUUUCCUGUUACUGCUACUGUCGCUAGGCAAAAUACUCGUGGCCCACUGAGACGGCAGGAGACCGAGAACAAGUAUGAAACAGAUGCAGGGAAAGAAAAGAAAGCUGAGGAGAAGAAAAACAUGUUGAUAAACAUUGUGGAUACUUCGCAGCAAAAGUCAGCUGGCUUGUUAAUGGUCCAUACUGUGGACACAGCAAAGCCAGAUGAUACACCCGAAGAUGAAGAAGAAAAGAGAGCUGAAAUGGAACCGAACCCCGAAAACUCCCUGCCAGAGAGGCCAGAGGGGAGUGAGGAAGCAGAAAGUGAGCUGAACGUGCCUGCUGCGCCUGAGCCACCGGCAUCUCCCUGCAAAACCAUCGUAGCAGCGAGCUCUGUUGACGACCCUGUCAUCUUGCCGUUCCGCAUCCCUCCGCCACCCUUGGCAUCAGUUGAUAUCGAUGAAGAGUUUAUUUUUACUGAGCCACUACCACCCCCCUUAGAGUUCGCCAACAGCUUUGAUAUCCCCGACGACCGCGCAGCUCCCGGUUCAGCUCUAACAGACUUGAUUAAGCAAAGGAAAAAUGGCACGCCUUCACCCGCGCCAUUUGCCGCCAGCCAGUCAACAAAUUCCUUAGACAGCAAAAAGCAAGUGGAUCUUUCAAACUGUUUGCCUGCCUCCUUUCUGCCACCCCCUGACAGCUUUGAUAACGUCACUGACUCUGGGAUUGAGGAGGUAGACAGUCGAAGUAGUAGUGACCAUCACUUAGAGACAACCAGCACUAUCUCAACGGUGUCCAGCAUCUCUACCUUAUCCUCAGAAGGGGGUGAGAACGUGGAUACUUGUACAGUCUAUGCAGAUGGGCAAACAUUUCUGGUGGACAAACCCCCAGUACCUCCUAAGCCAAAAAUGAAGCCCAUAAUCAACAAAAGCAAUGCACUUUACAAGGACGCGCUAAUUGAAGAAACUGUAGACAGCUUUGUUAUUCCUCCUCCCGCUCCACCCCCACCUCCGAUCAGUGCACAGCCCAAUAUGGCUAAAGUUGUUCCCCAAAGGACAUCUAAGCUAUGGGGUGACAUGACGGAGGUGAAAAGCCCAAUUCUCUCAGGCCCAAAGGCUAAUGUUAUUAGUGAAUUGAACUCAAUACUCCAGCAAAUGAACAGAGAGAAAUCCUCAAAGCCAGCAGAAGGAUUGGAGUCACCUACUGGAACAAAAACUGCAAGCCUCAGUACAAG